AGCGGGAGUUGCGACUGCUCACAGCGUCCACAUUUCUCAUUCUCCGGCCUAAUAAAAGUAGACGUUGAGCUGUGAUUCAUCAAAUAAUAAAUUUGAGUUUGAAUAAAGCGUUUUUGGUGAAAAACAAUAUUCGUAACAUGGACGACUUAGCAAGUCUCAAGUUGCCUGAACUGAAGAAAGAGUGCAAGACAAGAGGAUUAUCUACCAGUGGAAAUAAAGCAGAUCUUGUAACGAGACUACAAACCGCAAUGUCUACUGAAAAACCACCUUCUGAUGACUCGGUUUUGGAUGAUGCACUUAUUGAUGAAGAUUCCAUGCUCGACGAUGAUGAUGAGAGUGACGAUCUUGCCGAUUUAACGACGAAUUCGAUAGACAUAACCUCCCCUACUUCAAAAAUUCCUCCAGCUAGUAUUUCCAAAGUUGUUGCUGGUUCUCCUACCAAACUUCCAAUUUCCCCAGUUAAAACUGUGGAAGCUGUUAAACGACCAGCACCCAGUUCACCAUCCAAAACUCAAGCGAAUGGUGACUCGGAAGUAAGAAGUCCGGCUGCUAAAAAGAAAAUCACAAUAAAUAGAGAAUCAGUUCAAGCUCUCCCAGUUACUGACUCCACGCCCAGUGAAGCAAGCGACGGUGACAAGGAUGAAAAGAAAAUUGUCAAAGUCGGCGCUGUGUCCCUUACAGCAGAAGAGAAAGCAAGGCUGAGAGCACAAAAGUUUGGAGCAACAGGAGGUGUUUCGUCAACACCUUCUGCAGCAGUCGCAAAGUCGACAGAAGGAAAACCUGCUCCCAUAGUUGAUGAAAAGCUAAAGAAACGAGCAGAACGCUUCAACAACGGAACAAGUGCGGUGACUUCAAGUGAAAGCAAAGUUGUUUCUCUUACAACUGAGGACGAUGUAAAGUUGGCCAAGAGAAAAGAGCGAUUCGGACUAGUUGACGAGUCCGAGAAGAAAGAAACCAGAGCUGCACGGUUUGGGGCUGCAGCUGCAGCAGUUCCACCAUCAACAACAGCAACUACUGCAACAAAUUCCAGUGACAAGAAGACGCUUCGAGCUGCGAGAUUUGCUACUUAAGUAUCUACACAUACACACACACACACAUAUAACAACAAAAUCGUUUUUUUAUGUUCGUACAUACAUAAUGCAUGGUUAGUAAGGCUAUAUGUUUAAAUAAGCUUAUGCCCAGAUCAUAUUAUUCAUUAAUAUUCAUGUUGAAAAUAAUAUGAUGGUGUCUUAGUUGUUGUUCUACUGUAUCCUUGUCGUUUAAGUACUUUAUGAAUUAUAUUCGUUUUUGACAUGAUGAUAUUUGUGUACUAAAUUAAUUAGUAUUUCUUGCUUGUAUCUACUUUAGAUAUCUAUUGAUAAUAAACAUCAGUCAUAGAAAAUAUGUAUGAAUUUUAAGUAGCAAUAGUAUGUUGUACUUGUAUUUGUGUGACGAAUUCUUAACGUUAAAUAAACUUUAUAGGUGUUUAUUAUUAUUA